ACCUGCGCGAGCGAUGCGCCUGAUUCUGAGACGUGUGUGAUAGACGAUUUUAUUUCGCAAAUUAGCCGCAUAAACGUCAACAUUUCGACAUGAACGCGAUCAAAAUGCCUGACAGAAUCGACGCCGCGCCUUCCUGAGAUUGAACCAUGACAGAAAAAGCGUUUUAACCGGAGCGAGGGUCGAUGGCGAGACUUUAAUGUCAGAUUGAACCGCUAAGGUGAAACUGACUUGACGCAGUGUGCAAACAGUGUUUAUGUGUGUCUAUCAAGACUAGAUGAAUAAUGCCUGGGAAGCUAAAGGCGAAGAUUGUUGCGGGGCGGCACCUGCCCGUCAUGGACCGUGCCAGCGAUCUCACAGAUGCCUUCGUGGAGGUGAAGUUUGGAAACACAACAUAUAAAACAGAUGUGUACCCCAAGUCUCUGAAUCCUCAGUGGAAUUCUGAGUGGUUCAAAUUUGAGGUGGACGAUGAGGAUUUGCAGGAUGAGCCGUUGCAGAUCACCGUUCUUGACCAUGACACAUACAGCGCUAAUGAUGCCAUAGGAAAGGUGUACAUUGACAUCGAUCCAUUACUCUGCAGUGAAGCUGCUACUGUCAUCUCUGGCUGGCUGCCUAUCUAUGACACUAUACAUGGGAUAAGAGGGGAAAUCAAUGUGCUAGUGAAGGUGGAUCUCUUCAAUGACUUGAACCGCUUCAGACAGUCGUCAUGUGGAGUUAAAUUCUUCUGUACAACCUCCAUUCCCAGAUGUUAUCGGGCCAUUAUGGUUCAUGGCUUUGUGGAAGAGCUUGUGGUAAAUGAGGAUCCAGAGUACCAGUGGAUCGACCGUAUCAGAACCCCUCGGGCAUCCAACGAGGCCCGACAGAGGCUCAUCUUCCUCAUGUCAGGUGAAUUGCAGAGGAAGAUUGGUCUGAAAGUGCUGGAGAUGGGAGGGAAUGCUGUGGUGGGGUAUCUGCAAUGUUUCGAUCUGGAAGGCGAAUCAGGUCUUGUGGUUCGAGCCAUCGGGACGGCGUGCACUCUUGAGAAAAUCAGCACUCUCCCUUCCACAGCCACACACCAGAGCAACUCCUCUCCAUCUAAAGACAUGAAAGACUCUCUGCAGGCUGCUCCUUCCACUCUCGGAUGUCGUUCCACACACAGCAGUCCAGUUCACAGUGCGAGCAGCCGUCUCUCUCAGGGCUUCUCCGUUUCUGUGCCCACUCUGCUGUUCGCCGGUAUGAAACCCAGACACAGGAGCUCAGAAGCCCCCAGAGCCAGGCAGUGUAGGCCAGUUUUUGGGGAGGAGGUCCCAGGCAUCCCGUUAUCCUCAGGACCCCCCACCCCUCUGAGAGCACAAACCUUCUCCUCCUUCUCCCCCUCCAAGUCCUACAGUCGCCAGUCCUCCUCCUCUGACACCGAGCUCAGCUUAACCCCCAAAACCGUGAGGAUAUUUCUGUGUCCCAGUACUCCCGCCCUUGAGUCCAUAUCAUCUUCCCUCCCCUCUACCCAUCUGCCCUGUCACUUACGGUCAGGGAUGGCCUCCAGGAGUACAACUCCUCCCCCUCUCCAUGUCAGCCAAUCAGACACAGCCAUGCUGAGAAAGAGCGUGUCUUUCAGUGAGGAACUGCUGCUGGCGGCCACUGGAAUGGGAAGUGGUGGAAGUGCAGGGAAGGAGGCGGGACCUCUUAAAACUCUUUUGAGGCAGCAGACCCAAUCAGCACUGGAACAGAGAGAGUACCCUUUCUUCACAUUGACUUCCUUCCCUUCUGGUUUUCUCCUUCACGUUGGAGGUGUAGUCAGUGCACGCUCAGUAAAGCUUCUGGAUCGAAUCCACAACCCAGCUUUGGGUAACACCAGGUCAUACAAACUGCUAGACUGGAAUAGUUUCACUGCAGACGAGCCAGAGACACGAGAUGCAUGGUGGGAGGAGAUCCGUCAAGAAAUAAAGUCUCAUGCCAAAGCUCUCGGCUGCCAUGCUGUGGUGGGAUACAGCGAGUCCACCAGCAUCUGCGAGGAGGUGUGUAUUCUGUCAGCGUCUGGCACAGCUGCAAUCCUCAGCUCCCGCUUUAUGCAGGACGGCCCGCUGGACACUGAACACAGGUUGUCUCGCCAACCGCUUGUCUUUUCUACAGGGUCUGAGAGGGUCGAGGGGGAUAUGGGUAGUUCUGCUUCUUUAGGAUUUGAGGAGGUGGUGCCGCCAGGAUGUGGGUUUUGUCACAUACCAUACGAUGAGUUGAAUAUACCGUUUCCAGCUCAGCUCACCUACUGCUACUGUUGUCGCCGCUGUAAAGUUCCCGAUGUGCUCUUCACCACCAUCGACUUGCCUGCUGACGCCAACAUCACUGGGAAAGGCUGCCUGAUUCAGGCCAGGCUCUGUCGGACUAAAAAAAAGGCCCAGGGAGAAGGAAACGCUACAGCUAUUAGCAAUCUCCUGCCAUUUCUGGAGUACGAGCUCCACACACAGCUAAUGAACAAAUUAAAGCUACGGGGCAUGAAUGCUUUGUUUGGUUUGCGUAUCCAGAUCAGUGUUGGAGAGACCAUGCUGCUGGGACUGGCGUCUGCAACAGGAGUCUAUCUGACAGCGUUACCUGGUCCGGGAGGAAUCCAGAUUGCAGGAAAAACUCCCAGCGACAUCACAUAUGAACAGCACAUCUCCAAUAUGCAGAAGAAAAUCAAUGACACCAUCGCUAAAAACAAAGAUCUGUAUGAAAUCAACCCACCUGAGGUUGUAGAAGAGAUCAUUGGUUCACCAAUCCCUGAGCCUCGUCAAAGGUCUCGUCUUUUUCGUUCUCAAUCUGAGAGCUCGGAUGAAGUGUCAGAGCUAGACUUAUCACAUGGGAAGAAGGAUGCCUUUGUGUUGGAGAUUGAUGACACUGACGCUGUCGAAGACAUACAUGCACUUCUGACUGACUCCCCCACUCCACAAGGUUUCUACAGCUGCAACACUGAAAUCAUGCCUGGGAUUCAGAACUGGACUUCAGCUAUACAGAUGUUUACCUCUGUGAGGGUGUUUCGCCUUAACAACGCCAACCUGACCAAUCAGGGACUGAAUAAAAUUUUCAGUGACCUCUGUGAGAACCUGCUCAAGAGUUUGUACUUUAAAUUGCGGUCGAUGGUUCCCUGCUGUCUUUGUCAUCUGAACUUCACCGUGGCCAUACCUGAAGAUGAGCUCAUACAGGUUGCAGUGACGGCUGUGGCAAUGAGCUUUGACAAAGAGCAGAUUCUGGAGAAUGGCAAACAAAGUGGGGAGAAGACACUGAGAAAGGCAGUCACAGAAAAUGAUGACCAGCUUCAAUUCAAUCUGGAGCUUAAUCCUGAAAGCUCUCAUGCCAACCCUCUCAGCUCACCCAAAGGUCUCUCGGAGGUUGGCAGUCACCCGUCAGCCAGAGCCCCCUCAGUUGAUUACAGUUCCUUUGCAGACAGAUGCAGCUCCUGGAUAGAGCAGCUUAGACUGAAAGCUCACACCAUAAGACGCGGAUCUGUUAAAACAACAUCAUCUCUGGAAAAGGCCAGUCCGCUGCCUGAAGGACGCUCUCGCUCCCUGCGCUCCAAUCGCUCGUACUCAGGCAGUUCCGUGGCCGUGGUCAAAAUGACACCACUCUCGUUUAUUCCCGGAGCCAAGAUCAUCAAAUACCUGGGCAUCAUCAACAUGUUCUUCAUUAGAGAGACCACGUCACUCAGAGAGGAGGGAGGUGUGAGCGGUUUUCUACAUUCGUUUAUAGCUGAAGUGUUUGCGAUGGUCCGCGCUCACGUCGCUGCUCUUGGAGGAAAUGCUGUGGUUUCCUACAGCAUGAAGGAGUGUGUAUUUAUGGAGAAUCCCAACAAGAACCAGGCGCAGUGUCUAAUCAACGUCAGCGGAGAUGCCGUCAUCUUCGUCAGAGAGUCUGAACUUGAGGCCGCUUCGGUACAACCACAGUCAACCACACACACCUCCAACGGUGGGGAAGGAACGUGAAAAAACACACACACACACACACACACACACACACACACACACGAAAUCUCAAGUUAAUGAGUCUUAACAUAAACCAUGCCAUCUUCAGCCAUUUAAAGUGGCGUCAUGCCUAAAACUACCAAUCAAAUCUCCAAAAACGAGCAAAAUUCUAGACUCCUGAUUGGUUAGUUUGCCAAAGUGUCAUUUUUCAGUCACUUGUGCUGUUUUAUUUCAAAAUAAUGUUUUAAAUCCCUCCGCCAUCUGCCAUGUUUCAUAUGUUGUUCACAUUCCAUGUUGUCCAAAUGUGCCGGAGGCAGCUACACAAUUAAAAUAAGGUCUGAAAACUUCAUAAAGAGUGCAUAAACGUUCAGGCGACUCUCUAAAAGGCCAUGUUUUAUAUUUAAAUACAGGAAUAAACUACUGAUGCACUCGUAUUGACAUCCAGUUCAGGAUUUUUUUAAUUAAUUAAACGCUUCCUGUCAUGUCCUACUGAUCUCUUUUAAAUCAUGUUGAAUGCUGGAAACAUUUGUUUGCUUUCAUGUGCCACAAUGUAUGCUUUAUUAUUUCUUCCUUUUAAUCCAAAUGUUUGGAUCGGGCUUUUGUGAGGCCGGUCUGGUUGUCGUGCAUGUGCAAUGGCAGUUAAUGAUUGAGAUAUAAGGUGUUUUUAAUGGUGGAGAUGGGCUCAUCGUGGACUGACACUUGAAUGUACAGAUUUGACAGGUCUGGAUACGAGGUGAGCUGCUCUGCUCCUGUGUUGACUGACUUUUAUUGCUAUCAUUUUGUACAUGUUUAUGCCUGAGGACAAAUCAGAAUUGCACAUUAUUAAGAUAUAACUGAAUAAAAUUAUUAUGGCUCGGG